AUGUCUUUAUCUAUCUAUCUAUCUAUCUAUCUAUCUAUCUAUCUAUCUAUCUAUCUAUCUGUCUGUCUGUCUUUUUUUUACAAUAAGUUUCACUCUGCGAAGCAUUUCAUGGGUGGAUUCUUGACCAAACGUCUGGUAGACACAGAAUAUCAGUAUCUAUCUAUCUAUCUAUCUAUCUAUCUAUCUAUCUAUCUAUCUAUCUAUCUAUCUAUCUAUCUAAGUCUGUUUCCCCUCUUUCUCUCUCUCUCACUCUCUCUCUCACUCUCUCUCUCUCUCUAUCUUAGUUCGUUUCCCCUUUCUCUCUCUCUCUCUUUCUACCAGUCGCUUUCUACCUUUCUCUGUCUGUCUGUCUAUCUAUCUAUCUAUCUAUCUAUCUAUCUAUCUAUCUAUCUAAGUCUGUUUCUCCCUUUAUCUAUCUAUCUAUCUAUCUAUCUAUCUAUCUAUCUAUCAAAUCCCAAAUAUUUGAUAAGCGUGUAUGCUGAAGAGAAAACAGGAAAAGUCCAAACAACAUAUCAUGGAGAAUUUGUAUCACUUAACAAAACCAAACCACCUUUUAUACAAGUACAGAAUAGGACAUGUUGA